GGCAAUGUUGUGAUACGGUGUCGUGUCAACCGCCAAUAACGGUAGAUGAAGUGUGUACUUUUAAGGCUGUCUUCAAAGAAGUGAUGUGGCGUGUUACGAGAAGAUACUAAGAAGAUAUCUAGAGGAGGAGGAAUAAGCGGGUCUUGUUUCGGAAAGUUUUUUCCUGCUGCGAUCAUGGCUUCAGAUACCGAUGUCAGUCUCCUGGUCAUCGUCGUGGAUGUAAAUCCCAUAUGGUGGGGCCAACAAGCUCACCGUGAGCCCGAGUUCACUCUGGCCAAGUGUCUGGAUGCAGUGAUGGUGUUGGGUAACUCACACCUGGCAAUGACCAGAUCGAACAAGCUCGCUGUCAUUGCCAGCCACUGUCAGGACAGUUACUUCCUGUAUCCCACUAAGAAAUCUGCAGACAAUGGUGGAGAUGAAUCUUCCAGUGGAGAUGGCAAGUAUGAACUGCUGUCAGCCACUAACAACCAGAUGGCAGAGGAGAUCAGGGAAAUCCUGUCAAAAACUGAAGUGAGGGGAAACUCCACAGACACUCUGUUGGCUGCAUCUCUUGCCAAAGCUCUCUGCUAUAUUCACCGGGUUUCUAAAGAGCUGGAAGUUGGGCAGGAGAUGAAAUCAAGAAUAUUGGUGAUAAAAGCAGCUGAAGACUGUGCCCUGCAGUACAUGAACUUUAUGAAUGGCAUUUUUGCUGCUCAGAAACAGAACAUCUUGAUUGACGCCUGUGUGUUGGCAUCAGACUCAGGUCUCCUUCAGCAGGCAUGUGAUAUAACAGGAGGACUGUACCUCAAGUUACCACAGAAAGUUGCCUUGGCCCAGUAUCUUUUGUGGGUUUUCCUUGCCGACUCUGAGCAGCGGUCACAGCUAGUGUUGCCACCAACAGCACAUGUGGAUUACAGAGCGGCGUGUUUCUGUCAUCGCAACCUCAUCGAGAUUGGUUACGUGUGUUCCGUCUGUCUGUCCAUUUUCUGCACAUUUAGCCCCAUCUGUACAACCUGCGAGACUGCCUUCAAAAUCCAGCUGCGACAGAUGGUCAAGCCCAAGAAGAAGAAGCUCAAGCAGCAGAUGUAACUUUUGAUUCUUGUAUGAUUUUUUUAAAGGUAGUUUGUGCUCUGUUCGUAUGAGAUUUAUAAAAAGUUUGAAAAUUGAACAACUAGAUGAAAAACGUAAACUUUCAGAAGACAUAGAUGGAAACUGACACUUGUUCCCAUAAUAUUUUGAUAAUUACAGUUUUAUCCUGUUUACCUCAACACAUUUCAUUAUAUUUACACUUAUUUCAUUUGUUUUGCUCUACAACAAUGUGUAUACAUAAGUUCUGUUGUUCAUUUUCAUAAUAACAGAUGAAAUGGAUAUUUCUGUGAUUAAAGAAAAUUUACUGAACCUG